AUGAAAUUUACUUCUCAAAAUCCAAAACCAGAAAAAUCCCUGCCUGCCACUGUCAAGUUGGUAGCCGGAAAAUCUCCGACCAUGAAGCGGAAGCUGCAGAAAACAACUGUUUUUCUCUCUCAUUUUCAUCAAAUCGGUAGCCGUCAUUCACGUCUUCAAAUAAAAUAUCCUCCCUCCUGUUUUUGCUUCUGUUCUUCAUCUAAGAAACCUGCCAAGGAAUAUGGAAAAAGGUACGAGUUUCGUAAUAUUGUUGAUGGCCUUAGUUUGUUUAAUCAGAUGGCUCACGCGUCUCCUAGGCCUUGUAUUAUGGAAUUCAAUAAAUUGUUAGGGGCUGUUGUGGGAAUGAAACAUUAUGCCGUUGUUGUUUCUCUUUGUAAACAAAUGGAAUUGCUAGGAAUACCCCUUGAUGCUUAUACUCUCAAUAUUUUGAUGAAUUGUUUUUGUCAUUCACAUUGCGUGGAUAUUGGGUUCUCGGUUUUAGGGAAAAUGUUGAAGCUUGGUUAUAGACCGUGUUUAGUUACUUUCUCUACUUUGAUCAAAGGGUUUUGCAUCGAAGGUAAAGUUGCUCAAGCCGCUAGAUUGUUCAAUGAGAUGGUUCUAACAGGGUUUCAAUCUGAUUUGUAUCUAUACACGAUAAUGGUUAAUGGACAUUGUAAAAUGGGCGACAGCAGUGGUGCUCUUAGAAUGUUGAGAGAGAUGGAAGAAAGAGGUUUCUGGCCUGGUACAGUAGCUUAUACUUCUGUUAUCGAUAACCUUUGUAAGAGUCGGUCCUUAAAUAAGGCUUUGGACCUUGUUUCUGAAAUGAAGGGUAAAGGCAUUCAACCAGAUGUUGAACCUUACAGUUCAUUAAUUCGAGCCAUGUGUAGUUCAAGCUAUUGGAGUGAUGUGAAGAGAUUACUCAUUGAAAUGGAGAGUAAGAAUUUGAAACCAAAUGUUGUGACUUUUAAUAUAUUGGUUGGUGGACUUUGUAAAGAAGGGAAGAUUUCUGCAGCACUAGGUGUAGUUGCAAUGAUGACUCGUAGAGGUCUUCAGCCUAAUGUUAUUACAUAA